ACAGUGGCUGGAUUUACCACGGACAACAAGUGUUUCACGUCGCGAUUCAGCUAUCAAAUAUAAGUGUCGGACAUGAUUAGAUACAAACUUCUACCUCGAAAAAGGAUACCUUAGUACGAUGUCCCUUCUCUGUGUUUGUGUGAAAAGGGCUCGUCUUGCGGGGACUGACGAACGGUUCAACACGUAUGUGACGCUCAAACUUCAAAAUGUGAAGUCCACGACAAUUCAAGUUAAGGGCAACCAUCCAUGCUGGGAACAGGACUUCCUCUUUGAGACAAUGCGGCUGGACACGGGGCUGGUUAUUGAAGUGUGGAACAAGGGCAUGCUGUGGGACAAACUGCUCGGUCUCCAUUGGCUACCACUGACGAAAAUACAUCACUCCAACCAGGAGGGGGAAGGCCGGUGGAUGUGCCUGGAGAGUGAGCUGAUUGUUCAGAAUGGGGAGGUAAUUGGGACACGCCUUCCCACCGGUCACAAGAUCCUCAUCGAUGCACGCUUCGAACUCCCUUACGAUGUCGUUGCAGAUCUGCCUGAGGCAGAGGCGGCUGAGCUGCAGAACAAGUUGUCAGUACUCAACUCCAUCAUGAGCCAGGAGAUGUUAGCACAGCCAGACCAACCACGGAGAGCCUUAUCCUAUGCACAAUCUGGUAUGUCUGAAGACAGUGACUACACCAGCGAUGUCAACUUCCCACUACAGCACCAGCACAACACAUCGGCGCACCAGUACCGCAGCCAUGCGGACCACCCCUACCGCCUGCGUGAGGACAGCCGCGACUACCCGCGGUACGAUUCAUUCGACCACUCGUUUGACAGAUCGUCGUUCGAGAGGGGCUUCGAUCGCGAUCAGGACUACUACCAGGAUGGAAGUCCAUACCACCAGGGCAGGAGCGACACCGACUCAGAACCCCUCUACUACAACAGUCGGCCUAACAGUCGACCCCAGUCUUUCAUAAACGACAGCCCAGCCAUGAGCCGUAACUCUUCCAUGAACAUGAGUAGACAAAGCACACAAGAUUACAGCCCUGCCAACAGCCGAGUUUCGUCGUCGAACGUCAGUCGGCAGAGUACCCAGGAGUAUGCGGACGGCUCGUUUGAGUAUUUCGGCAGCGAGACAGAGACGCCGGCCCCCCUGCUCACCGUCCCUCACGUGCGCUGGUUGGAGGCCUACGACAAGGUGCUCAAUCAACUCAGUGAGAGUGGAUCGCUUGGUGAUGGCAGUGAUUACCAUGAGAAUGGAUACCGCAGCAAAUACUCCUGGACCCAGCAUGCAAAUGGAGGUCCACCUGAACACAAUCCGUUCUAUACAAGUAUAGACAGCAUGCCUGAGAUAAAACCCAGGCGGAAGUCCAUCCCUCUUGUCAGCGACUUGGUUUUGAAGAGUAUGGCUGCCAAGAGGAAUGCUGGCGUUCCAUCUGCUAUGGUUGCUAGGCAAUCUCUCAAUGAUGAAGAACUGAAAAUGCACGUGUACAAGAAGACACUGCAGGCGUUGAUCUACCCGAUCUCCAGCACGACGCCCCACACAUUCGUCGUGUGGUCCGCCUCAUCGCCAACGUACUGCUUCGAGUGCGAGGGACUGCUGUGGGGUCUGGCGCGACAAGGAGUGCGAUGCACAGAGUGUGGCGUCAAGUGCCACGAGAAAUGCAAGGACUUGUUGAAUGCUGAUUGUUUACAACGAGCAGCAGAGAAGAGUUCGAAGCACGGCGCCGAAGACAAGACUCACGACAUCAUCAUGACGAUGAAGGAGAGGAUGAAAAUACGAGAGAAAAACAAGCCAGAUAUUUUUGAAUUAAUUAGAUUUUUGUUUAAAGUUGACCAUACUUUGCACGUUGGGCACUUGAAAGCUGCUAAGCAAAAUGUAGUUGAUGGCACUUCUAAAUGGGCUGCUAAAGUAGCAAUAACAGUGAUAUGUGCUCAAGGUUUGAUUGGCAAAGACAAAACGGGGACGAGUGACCCCUAUGUUACUGUGCAGGUUGGCAAAAUAAAGAAGAGGACGAAAACAGUUCCUCAAGAUCUGAAUCCAGUUUGGAAUGAAAAGUUUUAUUUUGAGUGCCAUAAUUCAUCAGACAGGAUUAAAGUUCGAGUUUGGGAUGAAGAUAAUGAUUUGAAGUCUAGGCUACGGCAGAAACUGACAAGAGAGUCAGAUGACUUUCUUGGGCAGACAAUCAUUGAAGUUCGCACUCUCAGCGGUGAAAUGGAUGUCUGGUAUAAUUUGGAGAAGCGAACGGACAAAUCUGCUGUCUCUGGUGCUAUUCGUCUUCAUAUUAGUGUAGAGAUAAAGGGAGAGGAGAAAGUCGCACCCUACCACGUGCAGUACACAUGCCUUCAUGAGAAUCUCUUCCACUACCUUUGUGAACAAGCUGGUGGCGAGGUUAAACUCCCCAAUGCUAAAGGGGUAAAAAAGAGUUCUUUUCAGGAUGAAGCUUGGAAAGUGUACUUUGAUGAACCUGCUCAAGAAAUAGUUGAUGAAUUUGCCAUGAGAUAUGGGAUAGAGUCAAUAUACCAGGCAAUGACACAUUUUUCGUGUCUGUCUACGAAGUACAUGUGUCCUGGUGUUCCCGCAGUGAUGAGCACUCUUCUAGCUAAUAUUAAUGCCUUCUAUGCACACACAACGGCAGCAACGACAGCUGUAUCAGCGAGCGAUCGCUUUGCAGCAUCCAACUUUGGGAAAGAGAAAUUUGUCAAGUUACUAGAUCAGCUGCACAAUUCUCUUAGGAUUGACCUCUCCAUGUACAGAAAUAACUUCCCUGCCUCAGACCCAGCUCGUCUACAGGAUCUCAAGUCCACUGUUGAUCUUCUUACAAGUAUUACAUUCUUUAGGAUGAAGGUACAAGAAUUAACCAGUCCUCCCCGCGCCAGCACUGUAGUGAAAGACUGUGUAGUUGCCUGUAUCAAGUCAACGUAUAAAUUCCUGUUUGAGAACUGUUUUGAACUGUACAAUCGAGAGUUUCAGACAGACCCUACAGAAACACCGAAUCCGGACCAAGAAGGUCCGAGUUCCAAGAGUCUGGACUUCUGGCAUAAAAUUAUUGCUCUUAUUGUGUCUGUGAUCGAGGAAGACAAAACAAGCUACACUCCAGUAUUAAAUCAAUUUCCUCAGGAGUUGAAUGUGGGUCAGGUGUGUGCAUCAAUACUGUGGAAUCUUUUCUCACAGGAUCUCUGCUAUGCAUUACAAGAACAUGAAAAGGAACGAGCCUGCAAGAGUUCAGAGUACAUGAAUCUGCACUUCCGUGUCAAGUGGUUGUACAAUUACUACAUGAAGGACGUGCCGCAACUGAAGGGAACUGUGCCUGAAUAUCCACAGUGGUUUGAGCCAUUUGUGAUGCAGUGGUUGAAUGAAAACGAUGACGUUUCCAUGGAAUAUCUCCACGGUGCCUAUGACAGGGACAAGAAAGAUGGGUUCCAAAAGAGUUCAGAGCAUGCGUUGUUCUCGACGUCAGUGGUGGACAUCUUUACUCAACUGAAUCAGUGCUUUGAUGUCAUCAAGAAGUUGGAAUGUCCCGACCCCGAGAUCAUCAAGAGAUAUAUGAAACGAUUCGCAAAGACCGUGAACAAAGUGCUACUGGCCUAUGCUGACAUCGUAAGAAGAGAUUUUGAGAAGUACACCAAUCGGCAGAAGGUGGCCUGUAUCUUGAUGAACAACAUUCAACAGCUGAGGGUACAGCUGGAGAAAGUGUUCGAGUCUAUGGGUGGCGAAAAGCUUGAUGCUGAUGCAGCAGACAUCUUGAAGGAGUUGCAGCAGAAACUGAACACGGUGCUUGAUGAACUCAGUUCCAUAUUUGCUAAGAGCCUUGAACCUCAGAUUCAGCAGAGCAUGCAGGAGCUGGGUAAACUUCUGUGUAAAGUGAAGGGUGUCGGGCAGAUCUCCCUGUCUCAGCCCAGCCAGCGGUCCAGCAUUCAGCAGGAGUCUGACAUGGUACUCCGUCCACUCAUGGAUCUCUUAGAUGGAAGCUUAUCAAUGUUUGCCCAAGUGUGUGAGAAAACUGUACUCAAGCGACUGCUCAAGGAACUAUGGCGUAUUGUCAUGAACACCAUGGAGAAAACCGUUGUCCUGCCGCCACUGUCAGACCCAAGACAGAUUUGUGAAGAAGAAAAAAAAAAAAGGACACGUGGUCAGGAUAAAAGCAAAAUGGACAUGUCAAAGGAGGCUGAGAAGAACCUGAGCCCGAAGCAAUGUGCGGUGCUGGACAUGGCCCUGGACACCAUCAAGCAGUACUUCCACGCGGGCGGCCAGGGCCUCAAGAAGACCUUCCUCGACAAGAGUCCCGAGCUGCAGUCUCUGCGGUACGCCCUCUCGCUGUACACGCAGACCACCGACACGCUCAUCAAGACCUUCGUCAGCACACAGACUCAGCAAGUGUGUGUUGCCGAUCAACCUGGGUCAGAGGAGCCAGUGGGGGAGGUUUCUGUUCAGGUGGAUCUGUUCACCCACCCAGGCACCGGAGAACACAAGGUCACUGUUAAAGUUGUUGCAGCCAAUGACCUCAAGUGGCAGACGACAGCCAUGUUCCGCCCAUUUGUAGAAGUGCACCUCAUCGGUCCACACCUCAGCGACAAGAAGAGAAAACACUCGACCAAGUCAAAGAGCAACAACUGGUCACCAAAAUACAAUGAAACAUUUCAUUUUAUUCUGGGGAAUGAGGACGAGCCUGAUGCCUUUGAGCUGCACAUCUGUGUGAAGGAUUACUGCUUCGCGCGUGAGGAUCGUCUCAUCGGUGUGGCUGUCAUGCAGCUGCGCGACAUCGUCGAGCAGGGAAGCUGUGCCUGCUGGUGUUCACUGGGGAAACGCAUGAAUCUCAAUGAAACGGGUUGGACCAUUCUGCGCAUCCUGUCGCAGCGAACUAACGACGAGGUGGCAAAGGAAUUUGUAAAAUUAAAAUCUGAGUGUCGACAUGUCGAAGAGGUGUCGUGAUGUGUUACACCAGAAACAGUCAGAAGGUCAAGGUCAUGUUCACAGUCAAGGUCAUAUUGCAAACAAAAGAGAGAGAAUAAUAAUAAAGACCAAAGAUUGCAUGUUUAGGCUGUUCUUCCAUUCUACGACUUGGGGACUUCAUGUGAGCUGUAAAUACUGUUAGGCUGAUUCAGACUGAGAUUUAAAGGAAUGUUUGAAAUGGAAGGUGUCCAUCGGUGCUAGAAAAUCAUUUAAGGUCGCCAUGACUUGAUGGUUAAUAGGUCAAGGGCAUUCAUUUCUUGAUGGACUAACAAAAGGUUGAGAACAAGAAGAUUAUUUGAGAGAAGUGUGUUAAUGGUUAUAAUGGAAAGUUCCGGAUAUAAAAUAAAAUAAAAAACCAAUGCCAAAUUAACAUUUCUUUGAAGCUUGUUACAACAGAAUGUGUUGAAUAUUGUGAAAGAAAAAAAUAAUGUUUCAUAUGAUCUGUUAUUUACAUGAAAUAAGAAGUGGGGAUAUAAUGUCUCGAUGAAAUGCUGACAGAAGUAUAUGUCUCACAUUUUUGAUUGAUUUGUUGUUACACUCUUGUAGUUAAUGUUUAUGUUCUCAUUGAUAGAUUGUUUAUUUCAGUACAAAGACGAGAGAACAGCAACAAGAUAUUCAUUCUUGCUGUUCAUUCAGCAAAUGUCAAAGAAAGAGGGAGGUUAAUUUCAGAAUGGAAUAAAAAUUAGCAACGAGAUGUUGGUCUGCAUGGUUGGUUUGGUUCAAAUGGAGAAGAAAUGUAUAGUGAAAGAAUUUUAACAGAAUGUUGAACAAGAAAGUUGUAAAAAGCCUCAUUAAGCCAGAAAGAAGUUUUUAAAAAAAGCAAAUUAUAAACUAUUAAUUUUAAACCACUUUUUUAUAUUAUUAUUUGUGUGGGUUUUUUUUCUUUUUUUUCUUUGACCAUUAACAAAUUAUUAAUAUUUUUAUAACCAUGUUUCCUAGGCUGCUAAGAGUAGUAAUAUACACUAGUUAUGUAGGCUUGGUGAUGGUAAAUUAAUAUUGAAAAAUAUGCCUUAAUUAUUUGUUUUUAAAUCAUCCUUCAUCCAGUCUGUAGAUAGUAAAUCAGUUUCAUUUGAUUUCAUUUGUAAAAUUAAUUUCAGUCUAACAUUUCACUAUAUAAAAUAGUUAAGCUUUAUGAAAUUAUUGUUUGUUUCUUGAGAAAAAAAAAGAGUUUGGUAUUCAGUUUUUUUUAAUUAACGUUGCAGACCCUCGUUUUAACCCAUGAAAAUGGAUACUAUGCUUAAUCUACAAAUCUGUAACAUAUUUGAAUAUACAGUGUAACCUCUCAAAACCUGGCCCUCUGUAAACUGGAAUUCCACCAAAACCAGACAUUUUUCAAGGUCCGUUUUUAAAAAUCAGUACAGAACUUAACCUCUCUAAACCAGAUACCUCUUAAAACUGGACAUUUUACUUGGUCUUGAGGGUGUCCGGUUUAAAGGAGUUUCACUGUAGUUACAAUAGAGUGAACCUAGAAUCUGUGAUGUUGAGACUGGGCAAUACAAAAGCAUUUCUUGUAUUCAAAACACUAGGAUGGCCAGAAAUACUUUGGAUGUUUGGAAAUAGUAUCAUCUAAACAAUAACAUCUAAGUAAUGUCUGAUUUUAAUGAUCAAAAACAGCUUUAAGAGUGAAAAAUAUGUCUUAGUGUUUAAAAACUAGGUUGGGUCACUUUAAGACUCAGGUUUAUAGGACUUUUCUUUCAUAUUUUGAGGUAUGAUUUUUUUUUUUUUUUUUUUUUUUCUAGUUAUACAAAUAUUUCAUUUUGUGCAACCUAUGGUAUAACCAUAGUGAUAGCAGGAGUAAUAAACAUAAACGUUAAUAUCAUGUGCAUAUUUCAUGUUUGUUCACAUAUGCUGCCUUAAAUUUCAUGUGUAAUAUCUAGGCUGAAUAGAUGUUAUUGAAGUCAUAGGGUUCUUGCAUUCUUUUAUGCAAAUCUAAAAGUUUAAAACUUAGUUUUUAAUUGAAUGUGUGUGUGUUUGUGUGUGCUUUGAAAAAUUUGAUUCAGUUUAUUUAAUCAAAGUUAUUAGGACAAAUUGAUUUUUGUCGUUUUAUGUAAUUGUACAUUUUUAACACUUUAAACAGGGGACCCAAUUUAAAGUUUAAUUAAAAUGACAAUACCGAAUCAGAUAUUAAAUGAUUUUGUGAAUUAGUUAGCAUUAAAUAUGUAGUAUAUUUUGUUUUAGAUAUUUUUAUUGCAGAAUAGUGGAUAUAUUGAAAUUAACUGUAUAUAGUUCAUUAUCAUGUAUGAUCAGAGUUCUUCCAAAUAUUAAUAAAUCAUCAUACAUUUUAAAAAUUAUAUCACCUGUAUAUCGUCGUCUACACUAAUGGGGAUGUUCUUUUAAUGUGUGUAGUUAUAAACAUGUUGGAAUGAGUUGGGUGCUGUGAUGGGGACCAGUCUGUAUGAAUGUGGGACCAGUCUAAAUGAAUGUGGAAAAUGCCAUUUGUUAGAGGUCAGGAUAAGUACGGGGUAUUCAAAAAUAUAAAAUGAUCCACGUUUUCUACAUUAGCUUGUAACAAAGGGGUAAAUAACUAAACUCUCAGUUUGUUAAAUUUGUCUGACAUAAAUUAAACAAAAGUUUGUUCAUUCUAAAAUAUACAAAGUAAUAUAUAUUUGACAUUUAAACUGACAUUAACUACUACGGUAAAUUAUAUUUAACCAUUUAUUAUGAUAGAUUUUCCUCUAAAUGUAGUAGGACAAAAUAAGUUUUGAAAAUGAAAUGAAGAUAAAAUAUGUUCAUGUUAUGAAAAUAGAUUUGUAUUAUUUAUUGGUUUAUUGACUUCAAAAUUCAUAAACAUUUUGUCAGUUUUGGAUGGCAAUCAUAUAAUUUAAUAACAAUGUGGAUAAACUUUAAAACAUGUCUUGUAUUAAGCCAACUUCUGUUGAUGUAACAACAGGUUUCCUUGAUAUAUAGUUUAGUAUGCAUGUUUAUAUUUACAAAAAAAAUCUAUUGAUAAAAUAAAAAUUAUUAACCGAUCUUUUCAGUAAUUUUUUUAUUAAACAUUUAAGUGUAAUAUACAGUACAAUCAUACAUCAGCUUUUUUUCCUCAAUUUAAUCAAAUAGGUUAUUGAAAUAAUAAAAACGAUUGAACUUCUUUCUGACAUAAAGAGUUCCUUUCUACACCUUCCUGGACAUCUGUAGACAUUGUGUUUGGGAAAUAGUUCUGAAGUUUAAACUUUAACCUCAUUCUAUUUAUGCACAAAAAUAGCCGAGUUCAUGUGUUUGAUAAUACUUUCUUUAAUGCUAAGUGUGCUUAACCCUACUGGCUUUGUAUUGUACUUGUGAAUAUUUUCACAAAUCUGUUAAGUGCUCUCUGGUGUACAUAUUGUUAUAUAUUUGUAGAUCGCACACACAUAUAUAUAUAUAUAUAUAAUCGCAUUACACUACGGUUUUGUUGGUUAUGGAUGUGUGGGUAUCGCAGCACAUUUAUGAAUAUUUGGGGUUGAAACUUAUUAUAUUGGAUGUAUAUUUGUUUUAUGGAUAUGGCAACACUCUGUAGAUAUGUGAUGGGAAAGUGUUUUCAUAUUGAAAAUGUAUGCAGGUUUAUUGUACAUUGAUUGAAUGAAUUAUUCUGUUAUAGGAUGAGUUCAGUGUAUGCAUGCAUGUGUGAUUGAAUCUGUAUGUGUGUGUGCAUGCAUGUGUGUGUGCAUGCACCUUGCAUGCGUGCGCAUGCAUGUGCAUUUGUUGCUGAUCGAGAGUAAACAUAAGAUUGUUCAUGUUUGGCUGAUACUGAUUUAGUUGUACACUAUAUUCCUCUGUGUAUCUUGUUAAAACUGUUUCAUUAUGUUAAAAAUCACUGAAUAUUACUUUCGUUAAGUAUCACUGCUCAUUAAGCUACAAAUUGAAAUUAGUUAUUAUUAACUUCAUAAUUAAAAUGUGACUGCUUAUAAAACGAGAUCACUUGUAAACAUGAAAAAUAAUUCUUAUAAUGAGAUAACUUAUUUAAAAUGAAACAUCUUUAUAAAAAUUAAACCGUUUGAAACUCAUAAAACAAAAACAACAUGACAAACAUUUUAGAUAACAUAUUACAUGUGUAUAUAAAAUAAAAAAAUGUAAAUGGAUAAACAACUCUUAUAAAACGUUACUCUUAGAUUCUUACAAACCCUUUAAUGCAGUACAACCUAGAAUGUUCCUCCAUUGACACUUUCGGCUUGAUUUAAAGAUUUUGAAGAGCAGGGCUGGACUGGGGGUUGGGUGAGUAGAUGAGAAGAGAAUACAUGUAUUUAUUCUUAUUUGUUUUAUGCAUGUAUGUUAUCCAAGUGAGAUACUGAGUCUGCAUUGGUAAUAAGUGCAUUGAAACUAUGAUAGUAUGUGACAUUUCAAAAUUAUUCCUCAAACAAUGGGAUGUAUUUGGUAGAAUUCUAUAGUUUUUAUGUGCAACAUAAAUGGAAAAUGUACAUGAGAUUUAAAGUAGAAUUUUGUUAUUUAUUUCAUUCUUCUUAAAAAAAAUUGAUGCUAUAGUAAUUAAAAUGAUAAUUAAAGUUCACAAAAAUCCAAAAAGGAAAACAGUACAAAGUUUUUUUAUUCUUUAUUAUCUUGUUGCUGUAGUAAUCAAAAUAAUAAUUUUAAAAUUCGCAAAAGAGAGAAAAGUUUCUAUCAUAGUUAAUAUAUGUAGUCAUAUCUGUUUUAAAUAGUUAAAUAAUAAAAACAUAAAUAGGCAUAUAGCUUUAAUGCAUAUUUUUUUAAUGUCACAUACUAUGUUAAUAUGUAAAAUAUAGGUUAUGGUUGUGUCAGAAAUUAUCACAUAGGGGUGGGGCAAGAGGCUGCUUGUUUAAAGUUAAACUUAAAGUCUGUUUUGUUUAACGACACUACUAGCGCACAUUGAUUUAUUAAUCAUUGGCUAUUGGAUGUCAAACAUUUGGUAAUUAGUAAAUAAAAUACCCAAUUCAUUUGUCAAUAAUAUAAAAUUUUAUAAACAUCAAGACGUAACAAAUUUAUUUUUAAAAUGUCACCAUAUUUUAAUAAAAUGUUAAUAAUAAAAGUUCACAAUGUUUAGGCCUAACAAUAAAAUGUCCAUGGACUCUUCAGAUAUAAUCAAAAUAAUACAUGUAUUGAAGUCACAGACUUUAGUUUCAGUCCGUGAAAAUAGAUACUUAAGUUUGGUUAAUCUACAAACUGUAACACAUCUGGAUAAAAAAUUUUUUUUACAGUUUACAGUUAUAUGGCGUCAGACAUAUGGUUAAGGACCACACAGAUUUUGAGAGGAAAC